AGAAAAUGAUGUAAGUUUUAAACAAUCCAUAUUAUGUUUUAAUGUUAGCAAAACUAGCAUCUGUAGUUAUGAAGCAAAAGACAGAAAAACAUUUACCUGGAAGUGGAAUUGAAGUUCGAUUCAACGAGGGUUGGUUUGAAACAUCUCCACAUUGUCCUCAUGGUCCAAUGUUAUUGUUCGAGAAAUAUAUGAAGUUUGAACUCACAUCUCGCUACUUUGCUUGCUCGGCCAACCGUGAUAGGAAAUCUUGUAAUUAUUACAUCACAGAACAAGAAUUUAAGAAGAAGGGAUUCAACAAAAGUUCAUACACUCCUGUGGAAAGUUAUGAAGAUUCCCAUCCCGUUUUUAAGUCAAAAACAUUUUGUUUCACUUGUCAGUGUUUUAUACCUGAUGGAAAAUCUCCAAAACAUAAACAACACAAAGUAGUUAGAAAUAUUAGCGAGGACGACCUCAAAAAGCCUUCUACUUUGUUUCUUUCUGCUUUGGAAAACAAUAAAACUUGUGCACAAUACUUCCUAAGUGAGAAGAGCACAAGGUUCUUGUACAAUGUUGUCAUAGACCACAGUAUUACCCAUGUUAUAUGUAUUGGCAUGCCACGCCUGCAUGAAUAUAUUCAAUCCACCUCCAAUAUUUCAAGCAUCUUGUUAGAUAUUGAUAAUAGAUAUAAAAUGUUUUGGUCAAAUGAGCAGUUUUGUCGUUUCAACAUGUUUAACCGUCACUUCUUUAAUCCAACUUCGAAGUUGUCGUUUAAAAAGUUUUUAAAAUCUGCCGAGCACCCGAGGAAUAUUGUUGUUGUUGUUGACCCACCUUUUGGUGGGCUCGUGGACUGUGUUUGUGAAAGUUUAAAAUGGAUUUCAAGAUUUGCGUUCAGUUUGUUUGGUCAAAAUUCAACUCAACUUCUGACAACUUUGUGGCUGUUUCCAUAUUUUAUGGAGAAAAGAAUCAAAAAUCAACUUCAACUUACAAUGUUGGAUUAUCGCGUUGAUUAUGAAAACCAUCGCAAGUUUAAAGAAGCCAAACACGGAAGAUACAUGUCCCCUGUUAGAAUAUUCACCAAUAUUAAGAACAAAACUGUUAGACUACCAAGUCCUGAUUACAGGUUUUGUGAACUUUGCCAACGAUUUGUAGCCAAGGAUAAUCUACAUUGUAAGCUUUGUAAUGACUGCCCUUCCAAGGAUGGUAGAACUUACAGACAUUGCAAUAUUUGUCAAAUAUGUGUCAAACCAGGUCGUAAACAUUGCAAGACAUGCGACCGGUGUCAACCACCACUUCAUUCUUGCAACCCCCAUACCAGUGACGGUUGUCACUCAUGUGGGGAAGCCACACACAAACGUAAAGAUUGUCCGUUGUUGCUGAAUCAUCAAAAAACCGAAGUGUCAUUAACUAAGUCACCAAAUUUAACAACAGUUAAAAGUUGUGAAGAAAAAUUGACAAUAAGAAAUUCACGUACAGGAAAAAUAUGCGGGGAAAAUUUACCAACAAACACAAACCAACAAAUUAUCUUCAAGCAAUAUUCCACGGACAGAAAAAACUCAUCCACAGAAAAGAACAAGUUAUUAAAAUUUAAAUCUAGGAAACGAAAAUCUUUCUUUUCUAAUCCAUCUCAUCAUAAAAGAAAAGUUAUACUGUUGGUACAGAAAACCUCUAUUUUAUCAUCUGCUAACCCCCCAACCACUAAUUCCUAACGCAUUUCCAUUAUUUGUCUCCAAUAUUUGGCUAUAAUAUGAUUGUACUGUACCACCAGAAUGACUCAAACAAAUAAAAUAUUUUGCUGUCA